ACUCUCGUCAGAAAGUGGUUUGAAAUUCAUUUGCUUAAAUAGGAGCCUCUGGGAAAUCAGAUGAGCAGAGGACUUGUUAAUAACAAACCUCACACUGCUCCUAUUCUAGAGCAACAAGGAUACUCUAACAGCUGAGGUUCUCUUCCCUGUGGGUUUGGGCUUCACUGUCCCAGGGGACACCUUGAGGAGAACAAGUGUUGGUGGAGACCAGACCAAUGUUGUGAGGCCAUCAGAGAGAGCAGUUGUGGAAAUCCUCCCUUGUCACACUGGAUUUUUAGCUGUUUUUGCAGCAGUGGCUGUGUUUCACAGGGCAGACCCCUUGUAGAGACCUGCCCUCCAGUCUCUCAGCUGCUGCUUUGCCCCCACCAGUCCAGAGCAAUUCAGUAACCCCGUGGCUGGCAUUGGGCAGGGCCUGCCCUGUAUGAAUGUGAUUUAUCAAAUGAGAAAGCCCAGGUUUUCGGAUGUCAUCCUGGCAACAAUUUUGGCUACCAAGUCAGAUAUGUGUGGCAAAAAGUUUGAAUUGAAGAUUGAUAAUGUUCGCUUUGUUGGCCAUCCCACCUUGCUCCAGCAUGCUCUCGGGCAGGUAUCCAAAACUGACCCCUCACCAAAGAGAGAGAUGCCCACCAUGAUUCUGUUCAACGUGGUGUUUGCACUAAGGGCCAACGCGGACCCGUCCGUGAUCAGCUGCCUGCACAACCUGUCCCGCAGGAUCGCCAUCGUCCUGCAGCACGAGGAGCGCCGCUGCCAGUACCUCACCCGCGAGGCCAAGCUCAUCCUGGCCAUCCAGGACGAGGUGUCUGCCAUGUCAGAGACCACAGAAGGGCCCCAGUCACCUUUUCAUCACAUCCUACCCAAGUGCAAGCUGGCCAGAGAUCUCAAAGAGACAUAUGACAGUCUCUGCACGACAGGGGUGGUUCGUUUACACAUCAACAACUGGCUGGAAGUGAGUUUCUGCCUUCCUCACAAAAUCCACUAUGUCGCCACCAACUUCAUCCCCCCAGAGGCAAUCGAGAGAAGUCUGAAAUCUAUCAGGCCUUACCAUGCCUUAUUACUUUUAAAUGAUGAGAAGUCAUUGCUUAAUGAGCUCCCGUUGGACUGCUCUCCUGCCCUGGUGAGAGUAAUUAAAACUACCUCUGCUGUGAAGAAUUUGCAGCAACUGGCUCAGGAUGCUGACUUGGCAUUGCUGCAGGUUUUCCAGCUUGCAGCACAUCUUGUUUACUGGGGCAAAGCAAUUAUUAUUUAUCCUCUUUGUGAAAACAACGUCUACAUGCUUUCUCCAAAUGCCAGUGUCUGCCUUUACUCUCCCCUGGCAGAUGCCUUCUCCUGUCAGUUCCGAGGUCACAACCUGCCCUCCAUGCUGGCCAAGUUCUCCCUCCCCGUGUCCCUGUCCGAGUUCAAGAACCCUCUGGCGCCGCCUGUGCAGGAGACCCAGCUGAUCCAGAUGGUGAUCUGGAUGCUCCAGCACCGGCUCCUGAUCCAGCUGCACACCUACGUGUGCCUGAUGGUGCCCCCGAACGAGGAGGAGUUCCGAGCCCAGGAUGAGGACAUGCCCUUCACUGCCAGGGUUGGGGGACGAAGUUUGAGCACCCCCAACGCUCUCAGCUUUGGCUCUCCAACCAGUAGUGAUGACAUGACUCUGACAAGCCCUAGCAUGGAUAAUUCCAGUGCUGAGCUGAUACCUGGUGGGGACUCACCCCUAAAUAAGAGGAUGACAGAGAAUCUCCUGGCAAGCCUGCUGGAACACGAGCGGGAAGCCAUCCUGAAUGUCCCAGCUGCCCAGAAUCCAGAAGAUCUCCGCAUGUUUGCAAGGCUGCUGCACUACUUCCGAGGCCGGCACCACCUGGAGGAGAUCAUGUACAAUGAGAACAUGCGGCGCUCCCAGCUGCUGAUGCUGUUUGACAAGUUCCGCAGCGUGCUGGUGGUCACCAGCCACGAGGACCCCGUCAUCUCAGUGUUCCAGUCGCUGCUGAAGUGACUCUGCUGGCACAGGAGGGAGGAGCCUGCUGAGAGUCUAAAGGAUGACUGAAAACUGAAGGAGGUGGUUUCAGUUCCUUCUUGCUGUGUGACACGCAGCAGCGGUUGUGCCCCUUGGUGCCUCGAUGCUCCCUGAGGCUCCUGGGCCUGCUGCAGGACAGCACGUGCUUGCUCAGCCUGGAUUCCUGCCCUGCCACCUUCACAGCCCUUCCCUGGCCCUGCUGCUCCCCAGGAAUCAUCAAGAGUGGGACAGGAGGGUUCUGCUGUGGUGCUGCUGGCAGAAUGUCACCUUUGGGGGAACACUGGUGCCCUGGGAGUGCUUCCUCUGCUCUCCAGCAUGACUGCUGGGACACUCAGCCAGGAGAGGCUGGCCCCAGGGCACAGCAUGCAUGGCCCUGCUCCAGGGCUCAGGGGAGCUGGCCUGGCUCUGAGGGAAAUGAGCCUGGGCACCCAGGAAUUGUUUGAUCUCGCAGCAGCGAGGACAGAGGUGGGAAGGCAAAGUAUCACAAGUAAAUGAAAUUGUGAAUGAA